UUCCACUAGGAGAAAAAAAUAAUUGCACCAGUAGGUGGCAGCAUGUAACUGAACUAGGUUACACAAACACCAUGUCCACAAAGAAUCCAGACACCACUCCUAACUUGGGAUUUUAGCAACAUUUAUGCUGUACCUGUUGCUGAUGCAUACAUUCAACUGUGAGCACACAACAUUUGUCUCACUGGAAGAAUAUGUGCAAUAGAAUAGGACAGUGCAGCAUCUAAGAUUAAGGUCACAAUAAUCUAUGCCAACGAAUCCAUAUUAUUUAGUAUCAGUAGUAAAGAAACAGGCUUAUGCAAAUAUUUGGGCACCUUUGACCAAGUGACACCUUGAGUUGCAUUUUUCAUGAAGAAGUGUUACAAUUAUUCUCAGCAUAUUCCAAGGCACAGUUAAGUCUGACUUUCAUAACAAAAACAAAAUGAAAUCAUUAAUGUAGCCUUUGCAAAGAUGAAUUUAUACUCCAUUUACAUGCGAAAAUAAGUCACCUGUAAUGGCUUUCAGUUAACUGCUGAACUUAUCAAGAUUUAAUUACUUAAUUUUUUGCCUUUUUUGUUGUUUGACAGCAACAGUUGUGUUGUGAAGAGGUAGAGUUGGUAUACAGUGAAUAGCCCUAUUUGAGUAAUGUUCUAAUCUAUAAUUUAGCAAGAACUACUCAACUAAGUAACGAAAUAAAGGCCAGUCAACCGAAAAUUUUCAAGAACUUUGAAAGUAUUGUCAAGUCCAGUAGCAAAGACCGUCAAAAACGUUAUGAUGGAACUGGCUCCCAUCAGGACCAACCCACGAAAGGAAGACUAUAUUAUGGCAGGAGCUACUCAGCUAAGUAAAGAAAACAAAAUACUUUAAAAAAUGAAGAUCAGUCAGUCUGCAUAAAAAAAAUCAGGAACUUUUAAAAGUAUCCUCAUUUGCAGUUGCAAAGAAUAUCAAAAAAUGUUGAAUGAUGAAACUGCUCUCAUCCGGAACAUCCCAGGAAAGGAAAAGCAUCAUCUUAUCUGUUGCACAGGAUAAGUUCAUUAGUUUACUACAUGAUUUUUUAUGUGUUUCUUCAUAGACUGAAUGACUAGUAUUAGUUUACAAUGUAGGAAAAAUAAAAAUGUUUAUAUUAAAGGUGUCCGAAACAAUAAAAGCAUGCAGUUUUGAAUACAAGAAAAAGUUUGUUUUUUAUUUUUACAUUUUAGAACUUUUUAGCGCCAGAAAAACGAUUAAAUUAAAGAUAUUGACUAUCGAUUACUGUCUGAUCCUGGUGAGAGAUUUUUGUUCUGAUGCUUUUUAAUCAUCUGAGAAACUUGUGCAUUGGCUGCUUUUCUUUUACGCUUAAACCGAGUCGCCUAUGUGGGCGUAGAGAACGCAAAGCAGCGCCUGAAACGCGCAGCAGCCCGUAGAGCACGAGCCCGCUGUAGCCCACUGGUACCAUUAGUCAUCCUCACUCGCUUUAGGUGGAGAGGUGUUUCAGUGAUGGGAGCGGGAGAAGCAGCGCUCCAGACACACACACACACACACACACGCAGCUGUAGUCUGUAGUGAGGAGAGGAGGAGAGAGUACUCCUCUCAGAGCGGUUCAGAAGACACGAGAGAAAGAGAGUGAACAGAGCAACAGCUUUUAGCUUCAGUCAGGGGAUCUUCAUUCCAGGAGGUUUCCCCUCUUUUUCUUUAACUCGGACUCGGUAGGGAGGGAUGUGGAGUUGUAUAUCGUGGUGUAUCGGAGCACACGGCAACUCGGCUGCUGAUGAGCCAGGCGGCAAGCAGCAGUCCACGCCUGGGCUAGCCUGAGCAGAUGAUUGCAGAGGUGGUGGGCACGAGAAAAGAAGCAGAAGGACCAAGAGCAAGACUGAGGCACUUCACACCAUCUGUGCAGCUUCUUCUGGAGCUCAUAGCUCAGCUGCGAAACAGAGAACAGGACAUCACUGAGGUGGGCAAAGCGCUGUGGCCUUGCGGACUGACCUCCAGCCUACCCCUCAGAGAGGGAGAGAUUGAAAAACCUGAGGGAGGGAAAUACUUUUGAUUAACUUGUCUGAAUCACCCUGAGAAGAAUAUUGAGAGGAAUAUUCAUGGACUAGAAAGACAAUGGAGUCGUAUGUGACUAUUUCUAAGAAGGGCAAAAGUCACUUCAUCUUGAUAUAUUGAAAAAACUAAAACAAAUAAGAUGAUUCUACAGUCUUGAAAGUUGCCAAUAUUUGAUCACCUUCUUGAAGCGAAACCUUUUUUCCUUAUCCAUAACUGGAUAAGAUCUGAGCUGCUGCCAUGUCUCCACCUUGGUCAAGUGGAGUUAGAUGGACCAAGUGUGGUGUAUGUUUUCUGCUGGUUUUUCUCUUUUUUUUCCUGUCCACAUUGGCAGCGAAACCCAAAGGACCCAGCCAAGUGUAUCUUAACUCCAUUCGCAUUGAUGGAGACAUUACCCUCGGAGGACUGUUCCCAGUCCAUGCGCGAGGCCAUGGAGGAAAGCCCUGUGGGGAGCUGAAGAAGGAGAAAGGAGUCCAACGCCUGGAGGCCAUGCUCUUCGCUCUGGACCGCAUAAACAAUGACCACGAGCUGCUCCCCAACAUCACACUGGGAGCCCGUAUUCUGGACACCUGCUCACGAGACACUCACGCCCUGGAGCAGUCUCUCACUUUCGUCCAGGCGCUCAUAGAAAAGGAUGGGAUGGACGUGAAAUGUCCAGGUGAGGGGAAACCCACCAUCACCAAGCCUGAGAGAGUCGUAGGUGUCAUCGGCGCUUCCUCCAACUCUGUGUCCAUCAUGGUGGCGAACAUCCUCCGUUUGUUUAAGAUCCCCCAAGUGAGCUACGCUUCAACAGCGCCAGAGCUGAGCGACAACACGCGCUACGAUUUCUUCUCUCGAGUGGUUCCUCCAGACACCUACCAGGCCCAGGCCAUGGUGGAUAUAGUGCGCUUCAUGGGCUGGAACUACGUCUCCACUGUAGCCUCGGAAGGGAAUUAUGGGGAAAGUGGAGUUGAUGCCUUCAUCCAGAGAGCCUUUGAGGAAGGAAAUGUUUGUAUCUCACAGACAGUUAAGAUCCCUCGAGAAGCAAAAGAAGGAGAGUUUGACAAGAUCAUCCGCAACCUCGGAGAAAAUCCCAACGCCAGGGUGCUCAUUAGCUUUGCAAAUGAGGAUGAUAUAAGGCAACUACUGCAGGCAGCAAAGAAAGCCAAUCAAACAGGCCAUUUCAUUUGGGUGGGAUCAGACAGCUGGGGCUCGAAGAUCUCACCUGUGCGUCACCAGGAAGAGAUGGCUGAGGGGGCAAUCACCAUCCUGCCCAAACGCCAGUCCAUCAGAGGGUUUGAUAACUACUUCAUUGGUCGAACACUGGAGAACAACAGGAGGAACGUCUGGUUUGCGGAAUUCUGGGAGAACAAUUUCAACUGCAAACUCAACCGCUACGCCCCCAAAAAAGGGUCGGGGCUUAAGAAAUGCACAAAUCAAGAGAGGAUUGGGAAAGACUCAGGGUAUGAGCAAGAGAGCAAAGUGGUGUUUGUGAUCAAUGCUGUUUACGCCAUGGCCCAUGCGCUCCAUAACAUGCACAGAGCCCUGUGCCCCAACCAGGUGGGAAUUUGCCCCAAAAUGGAGCCUGUUAAUGGGACCCUUCUGCUGCAGUACAUCCGCAAAGUUAACAUCACAGUCACAUCUGGCAAUCCGGUGCAGUUCAAUGAGAAUGGAGAUGCCCCAGGCCGUUAUGAUAUCUUCCAAUACCAGCUCAACCAAACAGCUAACCAAACAGCUGAGUACAAAAUUAUCGGCAGCUGGACGGACAAGCUCAACCUUAACAUGUCGGUGGUGCAGUGGCCAGGUGGCGUUCGUCAGGUGCCCUCCUCCACCUGCAGCCAACCCUGCAAGCCCGGCUGGCGCAAGAAGGUUGUGAAGGGUAUCCCCUGCUGCUGGCACUGCGAACGCUGUGAUGGCUACCAGUACCAGGCUGAUCAAUUCACCUGCAAGAUGUGCCGCUUCGACAUGCGACCCAACAAGAACCACACGGCCUGUCAGCCGAUCCCUAUCAUUCAGCUGGAGUGGAGUUCACCCUGGGUGGUCAUAUCGGUUCUCAUAGCUGUGCUGGGCAUUAUGGCCACUAUGUUUGUGAUGGUCACCUUCAUGCGCUACAAUGACACCCCAAUUGUAAAGGCCUCUGGACGGGAGCUAAGUUACGUCCUUUUGACUGGGAUUUUCCUCUGCUAUGCCACUACAUUCCUGAUGAUUGCCACUCCCAGUGUUACACUCUGUUCAUUCCGUCGAAUCUUCCUAGGCCUUGGGAUGAGUAUAAGUUACGCUGCAUUGCUGACCAAAACCAAUCGUAUUUACCGUAUUUUUGAGCAGGGAAAGAUGUCCGUGAGUGCUCCGAGGUUCAUCAGCCCAGCGUCACAGUUGGUGAUCACUUUCAUCCUGAUUUCAGUCCAGCUCCUAGGGGUGUGCAUUUGGUUUAUCAUGGAUCCUCCUCAAGCCUUCAUUGACUACGAGGACCAACGUAUGGCUAACCCACAGCUAGCUCGGGGUGUGCUCAAGUGUGACAUCUCAGACUUGUCUCUAAUCUGCCUGCUGGGCUACAGCAUGCUGCUGAUGGUCACAUGUACAGUCUACGCCAUAAAAACACGCAGGGUGCCAGAAACCUUCAACGAGGCAAAGCCCAUCGGCUUCACCAUGUACACCACCUGCAUCAUCUGGCUGGCCUUCAUUCCCAUCUUCUUUGGCACGUCCCAGUCACUGGAUAAGAUGUACAUCCAGACGACCACUCUUACCCUGUCGGUCAGUCUGAGUGCUUCUGUGUCUCUGGGUCUGCUCUAUAUGCCGAAAGUCUACGUAGUGCUCCUCCACCCUGAGCAGAAUGUGGCCAAGAGAAGCACUCGCAGCUUGAAGGCGGUGGUUACCGCCGCAACCAUGUCCAACAAGUUCAACCCCAAGGGCAGUCUGAGGCCCAAUGGAGAGGCUAAGACUGAGCUGUGUGAGAACCUGGAAACACAAGGACUGAGCCCCAAACAGACCUACAUCAGCUACAGCAACCACGCAGCCUAACAAAAAAAAACCUUAAAAAAAAGAGAGAAGCAUGACAUCGGGAAGACAGUGCAAAAUGGUUGACCACUCUUAUGCAUUUCCAAUGGAGGAGAUAUAUGGGAGAAAAAAAACAGAAGGAAACUUGAGCCCAGAAAUAUUUGAAUGGAACAAAAGCCAGGGGAAGAUCCUAAGGGGACAUGUUAAUAGGCUCAGACUAUUAUAAACAUUGCUCAGAGCUUUAUUUGGUUAUUGCAGAAGUGCAAAAGGAUCUUUCCACUGAUUAUCUCAACGAACCCCAGAGGAUCUGCCCAACCAUAAAAGCACAAGAUGCGAAUCCCAGUCACUGCUAUGGACAUAAGGGUAUACACAAAACAGAGUUUUGGAACAAACGAGAAACAAACCAACACGCCCAGAAUGAACUUCCUGGAGGAAAGGGACCUCUAACCCCCAAAAAUGUUAUGAACAGUGGUGCAUGUGUUAACCUGAGAAUGUAAAAGUAAACCUGUAUGCAAUGCUUCUUUGUUCUAACUAAUAUCUGAACAACUACAUGUCCUCUUGCAUAUUCUGACUAGGGACAAUAACAAGAAUGUGAUAUGGUGGAUAUGCAGUGUUCUGAAAUGCUCUACGGACAGUUUGUAGUGUUAAACACAUUAAUCACUCCAAGCACCCUUUUAAGUCUGCCUCUUCAUUUCCAGCAUUUCAACAGUUCAGGCUUGGUCAGACACAUGUUAAAGACACACAGACACACCUUCUCUGUUUUGGAUGUAAAAAGUAAAACUUUAAAGUACGGUAUGUCAUGUUAUCCCUUGAUUUAAGGCAGCAAAAAGAAAAUAAUAUAUUGAUUUACACUUGGAUUGAUUGGAUUGUAAUGGACACCCAAACCUCGCAGCCAGUCAUUUGAUAUUUUUUGCUUGUCUGUUUUAUAUGGUCUUGUUAAAAAUAAAAUGGGUCUACAACAGGUCUGGGCUUGUGCCAUGGUAAAACACCAUAACAUUGUACUGCCAUUAGUUUCAUGUUUGAUGAUGGGAACUGAAAUACUAAUAAAUGUAUUUUUUUAGGUAAUGCAGAAUUGGAGUGAUGCAGUUUUCUUUGGAGAACCCCCCCUGGAUCCAAAGGCAAAUGUGGUGAAAUGAUAAAAAAGUCAAAAAGUUAAAGAUUAACGUUAAAGUUUAAAUAUGUAAAGUAAUCAGUAAUGGUCAAUAAAUGAUCAUUCUCAGGAGGAAGUAAUGUUAUUUUUUACAUUUAAGCAAAGAAACUGCUCUAAAUAAAAAUGCUGAGUAUACAAAUAUCCUUCAAACUAAUGAAAUAAUUUUUUUAAUAUAUCACUAUACUGUGAUUGUGUGCGAGUGUGUGUGUGUGUGUGUGUGUGCGUGCUUAUGUAUGGACAGGUUUGACCAUUUCAUUCUAAACCUGUAUAAAUGUGUAUAAAGUAAAAUAAACUGCCUUUGACCUCU